CGGAACACGUGGGUUUGUUAUUGCAGGAAGUGAAGAUGGCGGCUCAGUCGUUGCUCUCCGAGUCUGUGCUCGGAUGGUCUAUUUUCACCUUUAUACUUUUGAUAAUCCUGGUUUUCUGUUGGGUCUACAUUCGCAAAUUUCAAAGUCGCCAGGAGAGUGAAGUGGUUUCAACCAUCACAGCAAUAUGUGCACUGGCCAUCGCUCUGAUAACAUCUGCACUCCUGCCAGUGGAUAUAUUCCUUGUUUCAUUUAUGAAGUACCCCAAUGGCACCUAUAAGGAUUGGGCAGCAAACAAUGAGACCAGAGGCCAAAUUGAAGACACUGUGCUGUAUGGCUACUACACCCUCUACUCCAUCAUCCUAUUCUGCGUCUUCCUUUGGAUCCCCUUCGUUUAUUUCUACUACGAAGAGAGGGAUGACGACAACGCCAACAGAUGCUCGCAAGUGCAGAACGCUCUCAAGUACACAAUUGGAUUUGCCAUUGUCUGCGUGGUGCUCCUUUUAAUUGGAGCGUUCGUUCCACUCGAGGCCCCACCCAGUCAGAAUUCCACUCAAUGGGAGAAAGUGCAGUACCUUUUCGAGGAACUCGGCAGCAGUCAUGGUCUGCCGGCUUUGUCUUUCUCCAUCAGCUCCUUGACCUUGAUUGGCAUGUUGGCAGUGAUCACUUACACGGCGUAUGGUAUGUCGGUGCUGCCUUUGAAUCUGAUAAAAGGCACACGGAGCGUCGCGUACGAGCGCCUGGAGAACACAGAGGACAUUGAUGAUGUUGAGCAUCAGAUCGAAAAGCUGAAAUCCAAGUGUACAGACGGACGUCCGCUUUCCUCGAGGGACAGACACAACUUGCAGGAGCUGGAGGGCAAACUGCAGGUCCUCCGGCGCAGGGGGAGACACCUGGAAAUUGCAGAGAGGAACUGCUGCACUAAAGUGGGCAGUGCUCUCAGGCCCAUUAAGGUAUUGUUGGGCAUUUUCUUCAUCCUGGUUGCGCUCCUCUUCACUGUGGCCCUGUUCAUUUCAAAUUUGGACAAAGCUCUCCACUCCGCUGGCAUCAGCUCCGGGUUCAUAGUCUUUGGCACCAACCUCACCAAUCCUCUGAACGAACUUCUAUUAGCCCUACAACCCGUUUUCCCGCUGGAUUAUAUCCUGAUCACAGUCAUCACCAUGUACUUCGUGGUCACAUCCAUGGCUGGCAUUCGCAACAUGGGCAUCUGGUUCUUCUGGAUAAGGCUGUACAAGAUCAGACCCAAGAAAACUCGCCCUCAGGCGCUCCUCUUCCUCUGUAUGAUUCUUCUCCUGAUUGUCCUUCAUACCAGUUACAUGAUCUACAGCCUGGCUCCACAAUACGUCAUGUAUGGCAGCCAGAAAUAUCUCGCACAGACGCCCUCAGCAGGCCCUGCAUCUGGGAACGCUACUGUCGGCACCACAAGGACCUGUGAUGCAGACGCGCCCGAGGAUCAGUGCACGGUGACACGAUCCUAUCUUUUCCUCCACAAGUUCUGGUUCUUCAGCACCAUCUACUACUUUGGUAACUGGGCCUUUAUUGGGGCUUUCCUCGUCGGCCUGGUCGUGUCCUGCUGCAGAGGGAAGAAGUCUGUGAUUGAAGGAGAGGUGGAGGCCGAUGACUCAGACUUGAGUGAUGAUGAAUAUGUGCACUAGAAACGUUCCGACCACAACUCAAAGGGACUAGAAAGUACAAAUUCAGAAACAAAUAAAUGGAUGUCAGUCAUUCGUCAUGAUUUAAUGUAUUGCUUUGAGGGAGUGAUUGCGGUGUGUGUUUUUUUUUUGUGUGGAUUCCAGCGUGGUUUUGAGUUGACACAUCCCUCCCCUCAAUGAGAGCGCUCAGACCGAUUGUUGUGUCUUUCUCAGUCGAUAUUAUGAAUGAGUUUGGGAUCCUGGGAGCAUCCUCCAGCUCAAUCCUGUCUUGGGAGAAUUCUCUUAUCAACAGUUUGAGACUGACACAGAUUGGUCAUUUUUCAGCUGCUCUUGACACACGCUCAUCCAAAACUCUGUCUAAGCUUUAUUCGGAGCCAGUUUGGACAUCAACUUACUUUUUACUUUAUCUAAGCACUUUCUAGACCCUUGAAUGGUUACUGUAUGACAAUAUCUACUGUUUGCUUUAGACUACCUUUUAAAACGUUCUGGAAACAACCGAGCCUCACAAACUGUUCUUCUUGUUUCUGGCAGGUAAUUGUUGUAAAAUGAUCUCUGAGUGUUAAAGCAGUAACAUUGUCAAAGUUUGUUUUGCUUGUUUGUGUCUGAGGUUAGGUCUUCACAGUUAGACGGUGUGCUUUAUUUUAUUGUUUUAGUCCUUUGCAGCCUCAGAGCAUUUUAAGUGAGUGUUACUGUUCUUAUAUACCUGCACUGUGUGUGAAAUAUAAAGGACCAAUCGCAGCUAAGGUUUCAGUUAUUCCUGGUUUUUAAUGAAAUGGGGUCAGCAGUUUUUUUUCACCCUCUUUGUUGGAAAACCUUAAGCAACAAAAAAAAAAAAUCAAAGAUCUGGAUGUAAUUUUCUUUAAAUUUAGGAGUUCUGUUGUUUUUUUGCCUUUGCUCUGUAGUCCAGCAGGCUUGUCACAAAAAUAUGAAUGGCUUUUCUCAGCUCUGUUUGAGUUUUCUUUCUGUGUUUUUGCUGUCCUAAGUGUGAAAAUGAAAACCUAGUGUUGAUUUAAAUAACAAACAAAGUGAGAGUCUCACUUGGAAUGACGUAUUUAUAAUUUGAUUAAAGAGACUUUUGUGCCUCAUGACUGUGUGGUACUAUGAUGGGCACACACUGCUGUAUAUGCUGCUCUAAAUUAACUCAACAAUUAUCAGCCUGAAUCUCGUAAAUUUCUCGUAAAAAGACCUUCAUCUAGAACGUGAUUGGUCUAAAGAAUGCUACUGUUGAUGCUGUCUGUAAUAAAUGGUACAUUAAUCAAAGAAAUAAAGCAGUUUUAAACCCCCU